AUGGUAUCGCGAAAGCGCGCCCGCUCCGAGGUGGACGCUGCUCCGGAGCAGCUACCUGAGGAACAGGGCCUCCUUCAGAAGCUGCGGAACUGCUGGGAAUUUGCAAAUCUCAUGCAGUACAUCCACAUAUUUGGGAAACCUAUGAAGAUUGAUGAGGAUUUUGGAAUUGAGGACCUGGAAAAUGAGUGUAUGAAGCCGGAGUCGUCAGAAAAACUCCUGGAGAUCGGACUUUGUCUGCUCAAAUGGGUGUCGUCGCAUCGUGGCCUCACGUUCGACAAUUUCGAUGAGUAUACGCGACGCCAGUACAACGCGAAGGCCCCCCAUAUCACGAACCCCUUCGGCUAUAACGAGGUACCCAAUAAGUUCUUGGAGUUCGAUGUGUUCUUAAAGCUUCGCGUUCUCCACCAACUGUCCAUUUGGACUUUCUGGAACCCUGACCGCAUCCGUGACAAGAUGCCGGAACAGCGCGAGUUGGAUCAGACACAAUGGCGCAUUGAAGAAAUAGGCUAUGAUCGCGAUGGAAGAUACUAUUACAUUCUGGACGACAACAGACUCUAUCGUCGGACCGAUCCCCCGAUCCCAGCACCCAAGCCGGUCAAGAGCAAGUCAAGGCGAAAGAGCGCCCGGGCGGUCAGAGCAUCCAAACGGAGAAAGGUGACUGGGGCUGACCCCGUGGAAGAGUCCGAAGAGAAUGACAGUGCUGCGGAUGGGGAAGCCUUCAAGGAUCCCUUCGCAGAUAUGCAGUGGGAAUGCAUUGCUAUCACGCUCUCCGACUACCAGCAAUUCCUGGAGACGAUCCAAAAGACUAGAGACCCCGAUGAGAAGAUUCUUCGUGAUCGGAUUGUGGAGCAGGUCCUUCCCAUUAUCGAAAAGGAAGAGGAGUCCCAUCAGCGACAAAAGGUCAAGCGUGAGAAGGAGCUUGCGAACAUGCAGCUGCUUGCAGGCGCCAAGCGGUCCAGUCGACUGGCCGGAAAGGCGGAGAAAGAGAGGCAAGAGCGCGAAGCUUUUGAAGCAUCGCGUAAGCGGGAAACUGAGCUAGCCGCGGCUCUCAAGGAGGAAGAAAGAUUGAAGAAGCUUGAGACUGAGAGACGCUCGCGCAUCAUCACUCGUGAGCAGCGCACCAAGGAUCGCGAGCGCAAGCGCAUUCUGCACGAAAACGAAUUGCAGCGCAUUGAGGAAGAGCACAAGAAGGUCGAGCGAGGCGAGAGCAGAGCAUCCGAGAGACAUCUCAGGGCUGAGAUGGAAAGAUAUCGGAAGAAUCUCGAAGAUCUUUCCCAAGAAGAUCAGUGGACAUUUGAUUGCUCGGGCUGCGGUGUUCACGGUCAGAACCUGGACGAUGGCUCUCAUAGCGUCGCAUGCGAAAAGUGCAAUGUGUGGCAACACAGCAAAUGCCUCGGUAUCCCAAAACACGAGGCUGAGCGCGAAGAUUUCCAUUUUGUCUGUGAUGACUGCAAGAGGCGCGAUGAGGAGGCGAAGAAGCCCAAAAUUCCGCCGUUGAAAUUCCGACUCGGUUCCUCAACUUCACCCUCAGGCACUGCCGACGGCGAGCAGAAGAUCAGGGACGCGGAAACAUCCCCCCUUCCAGCCACGAAACAAGCUCCGCCUACUGGCGCCAUGCCUUCAAUUGAGUCUCCCUCAAAACAACUACCAUCCCUACCACACAUGAUCUCUCGGACUUCGGACCAACCUCCCUCUUUGCCUCCAGCAUCUCCUGAGCGCCGACCCUCGUCUGCGCAUGCAGCGCCGUUGAGUCCCCUUCGGGCUCCAUUCUCCCCGUCAAAAGGCAUGAAUGGCUUUACCCCAGCAUCCAAGGAACUGCCCCCCAAACUUCCUUCAAUGCACCUGCCGCUUAACGGUCGCGAAGCUUUCAAUAGCGGUGGCCUCUUUGGACGGCGCCCAUCGUCAUCUCAUUCCGCACUCAGCCCAACCCUUCCGUCUCCCAUCCAGAACCGUCCCUCUAUGUCGCCGACCCAAGGCAAUCGCGAUGUUGGUCCGCUGGCAGGCUUUCCGCCCGUGGCAUCAUCGGACCAGAUGGCUCCCUGGACACCGCACGGCCAGCAUCAGACUCCACGCCCCAACACGGGCAAAGGCAAUGUCCAGCUGCCCCCACUCAGCAAUGGCCGACCGUCUUUCAUCGCCACCCCUACUGCUGGUGGUGGUGGCAGUCGGUCGUCGCCGCCGCAGAGCUCGCACGGCGUGCCCUUCUCAGGGAUUAGCCCGACCAAGCAAUCGCCGCGGCCCAUGACCUCGGGCAGCAUCGCCGGCGCUCCCGUUCUUCCGCCGAUUCAGAAACUCGAGCCCAGCCCCAAGCUGAUGGGCAGAAGCUCGCCCGACGCACCGAUCCCGCCGCCGAUCAAGUGCAUGACCCCGGAGCAAGAGGAGCGCCGGCAGAGGGAGAAUGCCCUGCGACAACAGGCGCAACUGAACGGCCAGCAGUCGCUCAUGUCGUCGCCUUCCCUCAACCGCAUCCCGCCGCUGGGACCACCUGCGGUCGCGCCCAAGCCUGGCACCACCUCUACUCAGUCGGGUCCGAACUGA